CUUAAUUUAAUACAAAUAAUUCAUACUUCCUGUGUUAGAGUUAUGUCUAAAUAAAUUACAACAUAAAGAAUUAGUCUGAGGAAUAAUGUAAUAUGGCACCUAUGAAUUAAAUAAAUUUUCAGAUAUGAAAUAAAGGAAAAUGGAGGAAAAGCGUAAAUCUUUCGGUUUCCAGGGAUUUGAGAUGAAGCGUUCAGGAAUAGCACCAUUAGGAUUACAGAAGAGAUCUUCUCUCGAACCGCCCGUCAAGUCGGCCAAAAAGAUACGACCCAUCUCCCCGCCAAGGGACGGAAAAUCAUCAGUGGAUACAUUCACGCUUCCUGAUCUCUCAACCCCGCCGCCGAAGAGGGCCAUGUACAGCCGACGAAGUACCGGAAGUUCUUAUACACCGCCAUUCCCAUCGCCGUUAGGACGUACGAACGCAGACGGUUCUACGCCCUCGCCCAGAUUACUAUUUAAAACUAAGGACUGUGCAGAGUGUAAGAUUUGUAGCAAUGAAAUAUUUGAAGUUCGACAUCCUCACAUAUCAUCACAGCAAAUAAUAAUGAGGUAUGAUUCUCGUGAGUAUGAUUGCCCCAUGUGUAACAAGCGUCAUCUCAAUAAUAACAGAGACAACGGAAGAAUCAAUAUUGUCCUGGGGAGCAGUACACUUCACAACCUUUGGAAAGAAAGAACAUAUAAACCCAAUUCACACAUAGACUUUGAUUGCAUCAUAGGAGGACAAAUCCACGACGUGCAUGAGUCCUUCCUCCGUCAGUAUGACAAAAUAACCAACCCUAUGGACAUCCUGCUCGCCUGCGGAGUCAACAACAUCUCCUCCUCAGAGAGCGCUGAGAGGGUCAUUAUCGACUUCAAGGCAUUCAUACAAUCGGUUCGAAAUCAUAGUCUGCGCAACAAUCACAAGGUUCCUAGUCGAAUAGUGAUAUCCUCUAUUCUAUAUGCUCCGAAGUAUUGUGAUAGCUCUCUCAGACCAUUCCAGAAUAAACUAGAAAAGGUGAGGAAGGUUAACGCCUGGAUUGAAGAGUUUAACAAGAAGGAGACCGGAGAGCAGCUAAACCUUCACCUCUACGGAGUCAAGGGGAACCCAAACAGGGAGCCAUUAGUUCAUAAGUAUGAGGACUGGAAGGAGCCGGACAAGUCCAGGAAGCUUCACCUCAGCAGCUCCGCCAAGAGCAGGGUUGCCACUGAGCUCGUCAAGCUCUUUGAUAAUCUGCAAAGGAGUCUUUAAACCGGUCGAAGAAUACACCCAUAAUUAGAUUAAUGAACCUAUUGCUAGAAAAAAAAGUAGAUUUGUAAAUCUAUAUAUACAAAAAUAUAUAUUUAUGUUAUUGUAAAUAAAAGAACCCGU